ACGCCUCACCUCCCGGUCCCGUCCCUUCCUUUUCCUCCAGGGGAGGAGGAUGGGGUUGGAAACGCUUCCCCCGAGGAUGCUCGUGUUGCUGGUGGCCUCGGGGAUUGUUUUGUACGGGGAGCUUUGGGUCUGCGCUGGCCUCGACUAUGAUUACACUUUUGAUGGGAACGAAGAGGAUAAAACGGACACGAUAGAUUACAAGGACCCUUGUAAAGCCGCUGUGUUUUGGGGUGAUAUUGCCUUAGAUGAUGAAGACUUAAGUAUCUUUCAAAUUGAUAGGACAAUUGACCUUACACAGAAUCCCUUUGGACUUGGACAUACCACAGGUGGAUUUGGAGACCAUAGUAUGUCAAAGAAACGAGGGGCUCUCUACCAGCUUAUAGACAGGAUAAGAAGAAUUGGCUCUGGCUUGGAGCAAAACAACACAGUGAAGGGAAAAGUACCUCUAAAAUUCUCAGGGCAAAAUGAGAAAAAUCGAGUUCCCAGAGCUGCUACAUCGAGAACAGAAAGAAUAUGGCCCGGAGGUGUUAUUCCUUAUGUUAUAGGAGGCAACUUCACUGGCAGCCAGCGAGCCAUGUUCAAGCAAGCCAUGAGGCAUUGGGAAAAGCACACGUGUGUGACUUUCAUUGAAAGAAGUGAUGAAGAGAGUUACAUUGUAUUCACGUAUAGACCUUGUGGAUGCUGCUCUUAUGUGGGUCGGCGUGGAAAUGGGCCUCAGGCAAUCUCUAUUGGCAAGAAUUGUGAUAAAUUUGGAAUUGUUGUUCAUGAAUUGGGCCAUGUGAUAGGCUUUUGGCAUGAACACACACGACCAGAUCGAGAUAACCAUGUCACUAUCAUAAGAGAAAACAUCCAGCCAGGUCAAGAAUACAAUUUUCUGAAGAUGGAGCCUGGAGAAGUAAACUCACUUGGAGAAAGAUACGAUUUUGACAGUAUCAUGCACUAUGCCAGGAACACCUUCUCAAGGGGGAUGUUUCUGGAUACUAUUCUCCCAUCUCGUGAUGAUAAUGGCAUACGUCCUGCAAUCGGUCAGCGAACCCGUUUAAGCAAAGGAGAUAUUGCACAGGCAAGAAAGCUGUAUAGAUGUCCAGCAUGUGGAGAAACCCUUCAAGAAUCCAACGGCAACCUUUCCUCUCCAGGAUUUCCAAAUGGCUAUCCUUCUUAUACACACUGCAUCUGGAGAGUUUCAGUGACCCCAGGGGAGAAGAUCGUUUUAAAUUUUACCACGAUGGACCUAUACAAGAGCAGCUUGUGCUGGUAUGACUACAUUGAAGUAAGAGAUGGCUGCUGGAGGAAAUCGCCCCUCCUUGGUAGAUUCUGUGGGGACAAGUUGCCUGAAGUUCUUACCUCUACAGACAGCAGAAUGUGGAUUGAGUUUCGUAGCAGCAGUAACUGGGUGGGAAAAGGCUUUGCAGCUGUCUAUGAAGCAAUCUGUGGAGGUGAGAUACGUAAAAACGAGGGACAGAUUCAGUCUCCUAAUUAUCCUGAUGACUACAGACCGAUGAAGGAAUGUGUGUGGAAAAUAACAGUGUCAGAAGACUACUAUGUCGGAUUGACCUUUCAGGCCUUUGAGAUUGAAAGACAUGACAACUGUGCCUAUGACUACCUAGAAGUUCGAGACGGAAACAGUGAAAAUAGCCCUUUGAUAGGGCGUUUCUGUGGUUAUGAUAAACCUGAAGAUAUCAGAUCUACCUCCAACACCUUGUGGAUGAAAUUCGUUUCUGACGGAACUGUGAACAAGGCUGGGUUUGCUGCCAACUUUUUUAAAGAGGAAGACGAGUGCGCCAAACCUGACCGUGGGGGCUGUGAACAGCGAUGCCUGAACACACUGGGCAGUUACCAGUGUGUGUGUGAGCCCGGCUACGAGCUGGGACCUGACAAGAGGGGCUGUGAAGCGGCUUGUGGCGGACUUCUUACCAAACUUAAUGGCACUAUAACCACUCCAGGCUGGCCCAAGGAGUACCCUCCUAAUAAAAACUGUGUGUGGCAAGUGGUUGCACCAACCCAAUACAGAAUUUCUAUGAAGUUUGAGUUUUUUGAAUUGGAAGGCAAUGAAGUUUGCAAAUAUGAUUAUGUGGAGAUUUGGAGUGGCCUUUCCUCAGAGUCUAAAUUGCAUGGCAAAUUUUGUGGUGCUGAAGUGCCUGAAGUGAUCACAUCUCAGUUCAACAAUAUGAGAAUUGAAUUCAGAUCUGACAACACUGUAUCCAAGAAGGGCUUCAAAGCACAUUUCUUCUCAGACAAAGAUGAAUGCUCUAAGGAUAAUGGCGGGUGUCAACAUGAGUGUGUCAACACAAUGGGGAGCUACAUGUGUCAGUGCCGUAAUGGAUUUGUGCUGCAUGAAAAUAAACAUGACUGCAAGGAAGCUGAGUGCGAACAGAAGAUCCACAGUCCAAGUGGCUUCAUCACCAGUCCAAACUGGCCAGACAAGUACCCAAGCAGGAAGGAAUGCACGUGGGAAAUCAGUACCACUCCUGGCCAUCGGAUCAAAUUAGCCUUUAGUGAGUUUGAGAUUGAGCAGCAUCAAGAGUGUGCUUAUGAUCACUUGGAAGUAUUUGAUGGAGAAACAGAAAAAUCACCAAUUCUUGGACGACUAUGUGGCAGCAAGAUACCAGAGCCCCUUGUGGCCACCGGAAAUAAAAUGUUUGUCCGGUUUAUUUCUGAUGCAUCUGUUCAAAGAAAAGGCUUUCAAGCCACACAUUCUACAGAGUGUGGCGGCCGACUGAAAGCGGAACCGAAACCCAGAGAUCUAUACUCGCAUGCUCAGUUUGGUGAUAACAACUACCCAGGACAGGUCGACUGUGAAUGGCUGGUAGUGUCAGAACGUGGCUUUCGCCUGGAGUUAUCCUUCCCGAUUUUCGAGGUGGAGGAAGAAGCUGACUGUGGCUAUGACUAUGUUGAGCUCUUUGAUGGUCUCGAUUCGACAGCGGUGGGGCUUGGUCGAUUCUGUGGAUCAGGGCCACCAGAAGAAAUCUACUCCAUUGGGGAUGCGGUUUUAAUUCAUUUUCACACUGAUGACACAAUCAACAAGAAAGGAUUUCAUAUAAGAUACAAAAGUAUUAGAUAUCCAGACACCAUGCAUACCAAAAAAUAACACCAAAACCUCCAUCAGAACAUCAAGGAAUGUGCAGAAUGGAGAGAAGACGUAUUUUUUUUUUAAAUGAAGAUAUUAGCACAAAUGUUUUAUAUAACGAGUGUGAACAGAAGAAAACUGUAAGACCAGAAUUAUCUCUGUACUACAAGAGAAGUUUUCACCUAACUCUGAUCAGCAUUACCAGGAGAUUGGAGCUCCAUGCUUGAUGGUAUAAAUCGAAAUAAAGCUGGCGGAAGGGCGUCAUGUUACUUCAAGGAGGACUCCACAAGCUUUUGCUGACAGCUUGAUGCAGAUGCCUUGCAAUUCAAGCAGUUCAGUUCAGGGUCCGUGACCUUGCAAAGUGUUCUUUUUGACAAUUCUUCAACAUUUGGGAGAAAUAAAAUGGUCUUGCGGGUCAUAUACAGAAAAACCCUCUUCCUGCGUCUGAGGAUAAUUGCUUUGGCUUUGUAUCUUGGAUGCAGAUCCAUAUAGGAUGUUGGGAAAUGGGAGUCUUUUGAGGGUGCUUUGUACUUUAAUUGUGGGUGUGUCCGAUGUUUGGAAACUGGGAUACUUCAGCUUAGUCACUUUCCUUGCAGGCCAGAUUCACCUCUUUGAGACGCAAAUGAUCUUGUGACCACUUCAUUUUACUGGCAUUUUGACAAGUUGGAAAUGUCAGUAGUGUCCAUUAGUGCAAUUAAUCUCUAGACAUCAUUUAUUUAAAUGCUGGAAAAAUGCCCAUGUGAUUGGUAAACCCAGUUCUUUCAGUGAAAGUGCUGCCUUUUCACACCAAACUUAAGAAGUGCUGUGAUGUCUUAGAACUGCGUGAGAGAACUCCCAACAGGUGUGAACAGAAUUCUUCUAGUGACUGCCUGGAUGGUCCAUUCUCAAGUCACCAGAGCUGCUAUAUCGUCUUUUCUGUUGUUGUCAACCUGUCGUAGCUGUUAUUGCUGACGUUGUCACGGUUAAUGUUGUAUUUAAAAAAAAAAAAAGAAAGAAACGAAGUGUAAGUAGGCCAUGUAGUCAUUGAAAGAUUUCUUUCUUUCUCUCUCUCUCUUUCUCUCUCUCUCUCUCUCUCUUGCUUCUUGGGAUUCAGUUGAAAAAGGAUUUGUUUCUGAAAGACUUUCUACGGUGCUAUUCCAUAAACGUUUUUUUUUUUAAACAAAAUUUUUGACCUUUGAGCCAACCACCUGUAGACUAUGAAUGUCUCCCUAUGUCUGUCUGGUGGCAUUUGAAGACUAAAGACUUGUCAAACGUAUCAAGAGUAUAUCAUUGCAAGAGCAGCACUUGUCCUGUGGAACAACUACUUAUAAUGCCUUAGAAUUCUUCCACAUGAUCAAACAGAUCCUCCUAGAGACACACAUUUCAAAAGGUUGAACUUAAUAAUGUAUGUGAAUUAGCAACUCCAUGAGGAAAACCCAUUUCCGUGACUGAGAACAUCGGGUAUAAAUACGGUGUCUUGCUUUUGUUGUAGAAAAUGAAUUUUCUGCUUUAAAGCCAUGCGUGUUUUUAAUAUUGUGUGUGUAUAUGUGAGGUUGUCUGGGUGAGCGGAGCUAUAAGAAGGUGAAACGUAGUGGGGGAUGGAAAAGUUAGAAUUUAUGUGCCAAGUUCUACUUAGAAUCCUGUCUGAAGUAGCACCUUUCUUAGGAGAUUUCAUGGACAAUUAAUAGGAACUUCUAAUUAUUAUCAACCCCAUUAUAAAAAUGGCUUUUUCCUUUACAGAAACUCUGUUUUGAUAUGUUUUCAUGUUGACGUAGAUUACUACGUGAAAUACCUUAGUUUCUGUUACCUGUCCAUGAACAUUUGACAUUCAAUAAAAUUGGGUAUUUCUCUUCAUUUUUACAAAUUAAACUAUACACACAGGUGUAGCUUGUU